UUUCGUCGGUCAUUGUUCUGUGUCCUAAGGAGUUUCUGUCUUGGCUCUGUACAUAAUUUAAUUGUAGUUUUUGUAGUUAGAAAAAUAAAGUCAAGAUGGCUAUGCGCGAGAGAGCUCUGUCGCAAAAAACUUUAGUUUGUUUCUUACAGGGCUUAAAUGACAAGAAAGUUAAAAUUUACCUUCGGGAUGAGACCAGUAUAUCUGGAAUAGUUUCAUCUGUGGAUGGCUUCAUGAAUAUCGAAAUGGAUGACGUAACUUAUGAAGCACCAUCCGGUGUUACUCGGGAAUUUAAUCGCUACUGUGUGCAAGGCAAGUUUAUAAGAUUUGUUGAAGUUCCAGAGAAAACCAACGUCAUAGAGACCAUCAAAGACAGACUCCACGAUAUUUCAAGAACGCCCAUUUCACGUGGCCGCGGGAGAGGUGGUGGCCGUGGAAGAGGCGGACGAGGAGGCCGGGGUGGCGGCGGCCGAGGAGGUGGAGGACGAGGAGGAUACGGAGGAGGCAGUCGGUAUGGUGGCGGCAGCAGUGGUGGUUACAGUCGAGGAGGCGGCGGAGGUGGCAGCAGUGGAUACAGAGAUCAUCGAAGCAGUGGUGGGGGAAGCAGCUAUGGUGGAGGCCGUCGUUAUUAGAUGAAAAGGACUAAAACUGUGUAUGGCUGUUGUAAUUUUUUUAAUACUGUAAAAUUUCAUAUUCAUUAAAUGUCAUCUCUCUACA